AUGGCCCCUCACCCACUGGCGAACGCGUUGCUCGAUAUGGGAGUCAACUUUGUCGUGCCUCGACUCAAACGGAUGGUCAACAAGCCUGCGAAUGAGAACAGACCUCGACCUACACCUCCACCAGCCACACCUCCCGCAGCGGGACCCUGUCCCCCGAACCACCAAGACGCGGGGACCCCUCCAUCGGUCGACUGUCUGAACAACGGAGGACAGCAGUCUUCUGGUAUGCUCAAGUGCGGCACGAAAUGGCAAGCUACCGGCCUCUUGCAUUGCGGUAAUCUGUAGGUUUCGCAUGUUCCUCCCGUCGACCGAGCUACUCCCUCUUCGCUACGCCUUGCGCAACCCUGACGACAUUUGGUCCUGCCUGAACCCGGGACCCCUCUCGACAAAAGAACUCGCGGAGACCAGAGGGUAAACAUCAAAGAGUGCUACACUGGUCGGCUAGGACCUGCAGGUUAGUCCCCUCCUGUCGCAGAUAAAUUCAUGCCGACCUGAACGUCCGAUCGCCUGAUCGAAUCGACCAGGCACUCAUGGCGGUUCGAAUAACUCACGCCAAAGAAUCGAAUUUCUGAGCUGGCCACCUUCAGAACCUGGUCAAGUGCACCUCUAGUACGUCGCAUAUGUUUGCUCCGGCUUGCAUAUGAAUGCUCGUUAGUCCGUGCAAAGUCUGACCCACUUGAAUCGCGUCGUCUCAUGACAGUCAAUGGAGUUAUCACCUCGAAGCUUUCGACUACGACUAUCCGAGCUCGGGUGCGUUCUUCACCUUGAUGCAACUUCUCACCCGUGAUCACCAAGGCGCACUACCACCUGCCAUCUUCCGACUUGAGUUGGUCGGGCGUGAAGUUCGAGCGCAGUGCCACUAUGGUACACCACCAGGCCAACCACGGACCAAAUGGGCUGUUCCUUUGCAAGAGUUUGAGGGCAAGACGAUGGACCAUGUUCUGGAGGUUAAGUAUGGCGAGGGUGGAUAUAUACACUGUGAGUGCUCUGCGCUCCAGAUUACACUGUUCACUCUUCAAGAACAGGUUUCAACCCACUGCUCGCGACAUUAUUACCUAGAUCGAAUCACUGAUAUCGAAACGGGCAAAGUCGUGAUCGAAUUUAACCUGGACGGUAUCAACGUCGCUGCGAAGGCGAGCGUCAAAUGUGGCAUGUACCGGAACAAAGUGUGCGGUCCGGCAGCGUUCGCGAUCGGUGAUUUCAAGUUCAAGCGGGUGGCAUAG